AUGAGCAUCCGGUCGAGCCCGAGCCACGAGCCCGUGCAGCUCCCGCCGCCGCCGCCGAUGCGGGGGAAGAGGCGCGAGCCGGCGCCGCAGGCCGGGCUGAGGGCCGCGAGGCGCAUGAAGCCUCCGCCGCGGGUAGAGAGCACGCAGCCGCGGGAGACGAGCCCGGAGCCGUCGUCUGGCUCGGGCGAGGAGACGGCGGGCGAGGAGAGGUUCGUUGACCGCUAUAUCCAGGACGGAAGCGCGGAGGCGGGUGACGAGCAGGUGGAGGAGGACGACGGGGAGUGGGUCGACGAAGAGGAGGAGGGCGAGGAGGAGGAUCUGCUGCAGCUGGAGUACCAUCCGUCGUACGUCAGCAACCCGCAGAAGCGGCGCCGGCGCUGGGAGAACCGGUGGGAUGCGCUCAUGCAAGCGUUCCAAGCCGUCGAUCGGGAGACGGAUGCGACGCUUGUGUUGCUCGCUGCGCCCUCUCACUCGACGAAGCUGCAUGCGCUCACGUCGCGCUCUAUCCGGCGCGACCCUGCGCUGGCCAACUCGCCCAAGCUGUCCGCGAUCAAGAGCUCAUUCAACUCGCUGGCUACGCAGCGGCGCACCACGCGGGCACACCGCGUCUCGCUGGUGCAGCGCCUGCAGCUGUCCUCGGCGUCGUCCGCGGCAGGGUCCCCAGGAGGCGAGGCGCGCGAGGAGGACCUGCGGCGUGCGCUGGAAGCGGCGCUGGGGAGUCUCGGGGAGAUGGGCAAGAUCUACGAGCAGCGCGAGGUGCGGUGGCGCGACGAGAUGCGGCAGCUGACGGAGGAUCGGGAUCGCGUCGAGAUGCUGUUGCGGCAGACGCUGGGACCGGUGCUGCAUGAGAACGGGCAUGGCAGGUCAUGA